CAGCCCAUGGUCGACGUGGCAAUGCCAUCGUUUGAGACACCCGCGACAAAUCGACGUGACUGUCUUGGUUUUCGAACAGCACCAGCUGCGAUUCGCCAACGUAGCAUUAGCAGGCACGACGACAGGGACGGGCUUUCCGCUGGAGGCAUCCUUUGCCUCCCCCUCCUCCCCCUCGUCUUGCUCUUCAUGACCGCCUGUCCCUGAGCCAUGCGGUGCGCCAUGCUGCAAAACCAGAUGUAAACCAUGGCCGGUCAGGGCUUCACCGACGAUCCCAUCUGCCGCCUGCUGCACAGGCAACGGCAGCGGCGGGAGUGGCUGACGUACCCGUUCAACCUGCUGCGGCUGUAACACCGCCCCGCCAGCUGCGACCUGCUGCGCCAUCAAUAGCCGUGGCGGUGGUGGCGGCGGCGGCGGCCAUAGCCCUCCAAAGCAACCGGCGGCUGACAGCUGCUGCUGCUGCCGUUGCUGCUGCUGCUGCUGUUGCUGUUGCUGCUGCUGUUGCUGUUGCUGUUGCUGCCGUUGCUGCUGCUGCUGCUGUUGCUGUUGCUGCUGCUGCGGUCACCACGGCACUGCGUUGGCUAGGUGCUGCCGUGGUGGCAACAUUGCUCCAAGUUGGCGUGGGCUUUCAUAGUUUAGCUGCGCUCCAAACUCUACCCCCGAAUGUAGCAAUGGUGCACUCGGCCCGUACGUACCGGUAGAGCAGUAUCCCGGUCCCGUAGGUGCCCCAAUGGCAGACGAAAGGGGCGUACGUGGUUCCGUGAAUUCGAAACCAUCACCUGAUAGCUCCCCUAGCUCCCCCGAGGCCUGCGAUGCUUGGGACAUCUGUACAGCUGCAGCAAGGAACGAGUGGCACCCGGCCGCGACGUUCACCGGCCCCGAAGCCCUCGCAUGAAUUUCUUGCAUCUCGUCCUAAACUCCCCCGGGAUGAUGGGCUUUGCGACGCGUGGCGUUUCGCUGGUGGUGAUUCACGUUCACUCACACUUCUGCGAGUCGCUCCGAUAGCCGAAGGAGUGUCGCAAGGAAAAGUGUUCACGCCGGAGGCUACACCGCCAGAUGUGCCGCCGGCCGACAGGUGGGAAUUGCCCAACGGCUCGCUACCCGACGCGUGGUUUUGCUGCAAUGAGUUGAAAUCCUCUCGAGUGUUCGCGCAUGGGGCUGCGGGCAAGGGGUGCGACACCGGCUUGUGCUGGCGACCAGCCGCACCAUCCACGCAGUCAUCCGCGCCUGCAUCAUGAUCAGCAUCAUGAUGCACACCGCCAGCAGCAGAGCGCGUGCUCGGCAGCAUGCCGCUGACCUCCUUGCAUCAACGACUGACCGCUGCUGUGGUGGCCAAUGGUGGGAGCCACGCUAUGCAAUGCUUCUCUCUAGAGGCUACGUGUCGAUAAGGUUCUAGCUUGGACGUGCGUUGCACUUGCGUUCAAGCGUGGCUUGUGUGUGUGCUCUGCCUCAGCAGUUCGUCUCUUGGUUGACUCAAGCUUGUUCUGCUCACAGUUCUGUACGGCGAACUGAGGGUAGGAAGCAAGAGUGAUCUGGUGUGCGAGGCUUAACGGAGCCAAGCUUCCGGACGGUCCUACCUCAAAGGUCAUCCGUUAUACAACGACGCACGUCAUCUGUCAUAUCUCAUCUUGUCUCUCUGAUUGGUCCAACUUGGGCCUAUGGUGGCACUUGUAAUUAUUCUCCGCACUUCCUGCUGAGAACUGGCCCUAGGUCGUCACUGUACGCUACAACUGUCCCUUAAUUGUAUCUGCUGACCUAUCCAGUCGGUCCUGUCGUGUACACAGUCGUCAGUACCCUACACCACCGACGGUCCCGAACAGAAGAUAAUCUGACAGUUACUCUGAGUCCAAAAUAACGCCUCGAGAACUAGACUGAAACCCAUUCUCA